AUGGAGAACCAUGGGUCUAUCUCAAACAUUUCUAACCCAGCAUCCUUCAACCGGGUUUUCAACCAUUUCAGAGAGUAUCCCCCCCUUCCUACGGGAUACAACUGGGAAACGCAGAAGCAACAGUAUUGCCCGCGCGAUCGCGGGGCUAAUUCACGUAUGUGGGACACAUCACACGUCCACCAGUUCGGCUACGUCUUUUGCCAUCGCGGGCUUUACGAACGUGCUUCAAGAUUUAUUGACAAUUCAAAUUCGGCAAUCAAGAAUGGGUUGCGUGAGGGCUUUUUCCUCCAAGAGGUUGAUGUCUUUCCAGGGAAGAAGAUAAAGGACGGAUUUCUAGCCCAUGAUCAAACUGCGAAUCGCGUCACGUCUAAGAAGGGGUCAUGGAAGUCUUAUCCUGCUCGUGAGAUUUUUGAGACAACCCUUGUGUCAAGGGUAGUUGAUAUGCUUUUCUAUCCUCGCGAUCAGAUCCUGGAAAAACACCGCGAAGCGAAUCACGUCAAACCAGAAGACCUAGGAGAUCUAGACUUUGAGAGCACUUACUUAGACACGUACGAGAAAGUGCCCAGGCUAGAGAGCACGAUUCUUAAAACAAGAAUCAAAGACAUUGGCCUCACUCUCCAAUUGGAUCUGAGGAACGACGAUUUUGCGACGGGAAUUGCCCAUUACAUUUUCCAUCUUGCGAACAACGGUAUUGAAAACUCACCCUCCCGAGUCAGGUUUACCCCUGCGUGGGAUUUAUUCCGAUCAACAAUGCUCAAGGGCUACAAUAAGGAAUUUAACUCUUUCGAGCAUCUCGUCCAGACGAUAAAGAAGAAGUCUAAAGAAGCGUACGGAGUAGACGUUUUUAAAUUGGAGUUCUUACACCAACUUCCGCCCUUGAUCAUGGUGUUUUACUCAGAUUCGGUAGUCGAGCUUGCGGAAAAUGAUCCGCUAGAGGAUGAUUCAACAAGAAAGAGUUACAAACAUAUUCAUGACGUCUUUAAGAAACAUGUUUCGUCCUUCAUCGGCAUCGGUAAAGAGUCUUACAAUUUCAUACUUGAAAUCACUCACAGCGGUCUUGGCCUACUCUACGACGUAGAGACCGGAAAGGCAAGGAAUCCUUUGACUGGAGCCCCUCUUAGAGACGAAACAGUCGUUUUUAAUAGCCUCGUAGACCGAGCUAUGAUUGAUGUCAGCUUGGAGCUGAGGCGGGAGCAUCCGGACCUUCUAUUCUGCUCGUGUACACGACUACCCGACGUCAUCGCAUCAGAUCAGAAAUAUAAAGCACACCAUCAGAGCGGAAAUAUGGUAGGCUGGGAACGAAAUGAGGAGAAAGGACUUGCAGCUAAACUAAGAGCCAUACACGGAGGGUUGUACCCGCAAUCAAAUAUCGCCGUGGCUGAUGACCCGAUAGCGGAGAUCGCUGUACGCACGUGGAUCGACCAGAACUCAGCUCUGGAUCGCAGCGAGUUACUACAAAAGCCGUACUACGAAUGGCUUCGACAGGCCGGGACAGAGGUUUACGACGCCGUGAAUAACCUGAACGGUGACUUUUUACCGAACAGAACUGGGGACCCCGUGGAUUCAACGCCGACAAAUCCGGGCACCAACAGUAUAAACCUCGGUAGUCCGCCAGAUUCGACAGAAAGAACCCGAUUAUGGCGCGACGAUGUAAACGAUAUAGCUCAAAGGGAAAGUCAACUUACAAACGUGGAUAAUGAAGACAGCCAAGCCGAGGAGGAAGCCGAUCUACAGCAAGAAACAUACGACGUUGCAGCUUACAAGGCAGCCGAGCAUGGCAACGAUGAGGUCCUCCAGGAGUUAAUUUUUAAGGGCGCCGAUAUCAACGCGUCGACAGGAUUCUUCGGAAGCGCUCUAGCAGUGGCAUGUGCAAAAGGCCAUUACGAAACUGUUCAGAUAUUACUAGACAAUGGUGCCAAUAUCAACGGCCCUAGGAAUGGGUUUUGCUGCCCACUUCAAGUCGCGUCUCACGAAGGCCACGUCGACAUUAUCCAGUUAUUACUGGACAAGGGGGUCGAUAUCAAUGCCUCGAAUAGUAUAUACGGCACUGCACUGGCGGACGCAUGCGCACAAGGUCACGAGGAUAUCGUCAAGUUACUGUUAGCUAGGGGUGCCGAUGUCAACGCUCCAACAGGAUCCUCCAAGAGUCCGUUGGAGGCUGCAUGUAUAAUGAAUCAUGAUACCAUCGUCCAACGACUGCUGGCUGCAGGCGCCGAUGUUAAUAUCCCGAUAAACCAAAUAGUCGGGUCCCAACAUCCGGAGACGGGCAUGGGCAUGGGAAAUAAAACACCCCAAAAGAUUUGGGGCAAAGAAGCCAACUGCGAUACUUUCUCGACACAUGCAUAA